AGUAUUUGCAAGCGAUGUAUUCGAAAGAUGGAUCAUCACUGCCCGUGGGUGAAUAAUUGUGUGGGGGAGAAAAAUCAGAGGUUUUUUGUUCUGUUUACGAUGUAUAUAGCCCUAAUUUCAGCUCAUGCGCUCGUACUGUGUGGGUUUCAGUUUUUCUCCUGUGUCCGAGGGCAGUGGACUGAAUGCAGUGACUUCUCUCCACCUGUAACUGUGAUCCUGAUGAUCUUCUUGUGCCUUGAGGGUUUUCUGUUUCUCACUUUCACUGCAGUCAUGUUUGGCACCCAAAUCCACUCAAUAUGCAAUGAUGAAACGGAGAUUGAAAGACUGAAGAGUGAAAAGCCGACGUGGGAGCGGAGACUACGCUGGGAAGGAAUGAAAUCUGUUUUUGGAGGUCAGCCUUCACUGCUGUGGAUCAAUCCCUUUGCAGGAUUUCGGAUCAGACGACUUCUACUGAGGGCAAAGAAAGGAGGACCUGAGUUUUCUGUUUGAGUCUAAUUAUGCUGGAACUUGCAAGAAAGCUAUAUAAUAUUUAUUUGGGGCCAGAGAAGGCUGACUACGUAUAAUCUGUGACCAGGUGAAACUGAUAUCAGACAUUUGCUUGUAGCAAGCAGAGUUUUAUACGUUUAUCGUCACAGACAUCUCAUUAACUUUCAGAGACAUGAACUGGAUCUGUAGUGGUCUUAACAGCAAGAUAACGAAGGAGAGGCACGUGGUCACACUAAAGAAGCCAAAUGUUGUCAUGCUACUGUAAUUUAUUUUAUGAGAUUAUCCAUUUUUGUUAAAACACUUUUUAUUUGAUAAAUGUUUGGGGACUUACCUGUGUGUUUUUAUAAAA